AUGAUUUUAAAGUUGGACGAAUUCCGUCUUGAAAUACAAAGAAGGGAUCAAGAAAUAUUGGCGAUGGCGGCCAAAAUGAAAACAUUGGAAGAACAGCAUCAGGACUAUCAGCGGCACAUAGCUGUUCUCAAAGAAUCACUAUGUGCCAAGGAAGAACACUAUAAUAUGCUACAGACCGAUGUUGAGGAAAUGCGCGCCAGACUGGAAGAGAAAAAUCGGCUUAUUGAGAAGAAAACACAAGGCACAUUACAAACUGUGCAGGAACGUAAUCGCCUAACCAGUGAACUGACUGAACUAAAGGAUCACAUGGAUAUAAAAGAUCGUAAAAUUAAUGUGCUACAAAGAAAGAUUGAAAAUCUUGAAGAUCUUUUAAAAGAAAAAGAUAAUCAAGUUGAUAUGGCACGUGCACGAUUAUCAGCAAUGCAAGCACACCACAGUAGUUCAGAGGGCGCUCUCACAAGCCUUGAAGAAGCUAUCGGCGAUAAAGAGAAACAAAUGACUCAAUUGCGAGAGCAGCGAGAUCGUGCCGAACAUGACAAACAAGAGGAGCGUGAAUUACAUGAACGCGAGAUUGCCGAUUAUAAAAUUAAAUUACGCGCAGUGGAGAGUGAAGUUGAAAAACUUAAUACACGCCUUGAACGUGCAGUCACCGAACGUGAACGUCUUGAAAUAAAACUCGAAGCCUCACAGAGUGAAUUGGGUAAAUCGAAAGCUGAACUCGAAAAGGCAACAUGUGAAAUGGGACGCAGCAACGCCGAUUGGGAAGCGACAAAACAACGGAUUGCACGUUUGGAGUUGGAGAACGAGCGAUUGAAACACGAUUUGGAACGUUCCCAGCUGCAGCUAGAAGAACAAACCUCACUGCAUAAAACAACAUUUGGCCGCACAACGAUGACAACUUCGCAAGAACUCGAUCGUGCGCAGGAGCGUGCGGACAAGGCUGCCGCCGAACUAAGACGUACACAGGCCGAGCUUAGAGUCACACAGGGCGAAACAGAUAAACGUUUUGUGAGUAAUUGCUUCCAAAAUCGCAAACAUUAA